CAUGCAGAUACAGAACCUUAGAGAGAAAGCUACUUAUUUGGAGGGAUUGUUGGAAAACAUGUCAAUAGUGCAAUCAGGAUUGCCCUAUACCAGUCAGGAUUGCAAAGGACAACCCCUUUCUGAGUUUGGCCACCAAGAAUGUCCAAAUGGUUUUCUGUUGCAGACGGACUUACACAUUGAGGGUGCUCGAUUCUUUGAUGUGGAUGUUCAUAGUCAAACUACGAUGGUUGCUCGAAGGCUUUCUGGCAUGGCAGGACCAUAUGAGCUUACCAAAAUAAGCUUAUUGGCUCCACAUGCACGGGAAAACAUUCAGCUUCCUCUAAGCACCAGAGUUAUCAAGGAUUUACGUAUUUCCCCUCAUGCUAAACUUGCACUAUUGGCUUCCUUGGGAAAGAAAUUAUACGUUCUUAGCACGGAAAGCAACAAUACCAUUGUCACAUAUGACUUACCGGUAAGAUCUUUAGUCUCAGAUCUCCUUGUUAACUUUUUUAACCUAUCCUUCCAAUUUCAGCAGAGAACGUAGGUGCUAUAUGUAGCCUUUGAUGCUAUCUAUAUCUUGCAACUUCUGCAUGUAUGCUCGUCCCAACAAUUUGAAACAGUGUUUGCUUCAUCACUUGGUUUCUCCAGAGAAGAGGAUAUGCAUGACCAAAAACAUUUAUUGAAAAAAACUAAUGUGAGAAUAAAGUUUCAGAGUUCACCUAAUAUCAUGAAAAAUUGAAAUGCCUUUGGAAAAUUUCAUCUGAGAUGUGAUAUAUGUCUUAGAAAGGUGGAUUAAACUUAUGGCUUCAUGACAAAUCAGUUAGACUAGAUGUUCAUGUGUAUC